AUUCGAAAUAUAAAACAAUUUUCUGUUGUUGUCCCUAACACAAAGCACAGCAAAAUCUCAGUUGACAGUCGAGGAUACUUUAUUUUCAUUACACAUACAGUUAGCUAUGGCAAGAGUACCAUAUACCUGGCGUCAGCCACCGUAUCCUGGCGAUGAGAGCGACAAGCGCUGGAUAGAUCCCAGCAUGAUCAUUUUGUGCCAGGAUGGGGACAUUGAUACCGCAAUUGGACCACUUUUGCGUACACUGUAUGAGCCAAUCGGUAAGGGACUAAUUGGCGCCGUCUUUGUGCACGAGACAAUGCGGGAGCAGUUGAUAGAGAAGGUGCGCGAGAGGAUGACUGUGAUGCAUCGUCAGGUGAAGAGCCACGCUCUCUAUGCCAGGGCGCUGCAACGAGCAAAGUGCCUGGGUGCCGAGCUGGUGUCCAUGAUGAAGCCGGACGACAUUGGAUUCGAAUACAGUAUGGUCGAGGGCUCACCCAUACUCGUGUGCGACUUUAAUCAAAGCUACUUCAGCGUUAACCAUCCCAGCACCGUGGUUACCCUGCAUACGUUUCGUCACAGCCAGGAGCUGGCCGAACUGACUGCCAAGGAGCAGCUGCCAUUUGUCAGCGCUGCCAUCUGGUGCCCCAAAAUGGCGGCUGCCUACGAGGUAGCUCUGCUUCUGAACGUGCCGACCGUCUAUAUCAACUGCGAGGGCGUCAGUCUCAUUCCCAUAGUCGAAAAGCAUCAGGCCCUGCAGCCAUAUGCGCUGCUCAUUGCCAAUCAUCAUUAUGAGGUGGUGGUGCAACAUGGUCACGCCAAGACCAUUGUGUUUCCGGCGCCGGUUGACCUGCGCUCAAAAUCGUAGCAGUUGAGCCCAACGAAAGGCUCAUCAGACCCAUCAGCCAGGAUGCUCUUCAUCAGUGACUUUAUUUUUAAUCUGUCUUAUAUGUCUUAAGGGUUCUUUUUAAGCAUAUGAAUGCAAUGCGCACAUUGACAAAAUAACACAUUGAACUCUAUAUUUUCUCUCUAGGUGCUUCUCAAGCUACAUUGUCUUAAGAGGCAAGAGGCUAAUGGAAUUGGACGCCUAAGUAACUUUUUACACCUCUCUCGCAAUUUACACCUCUCUCGAUGCUUCCCAAGAAGCUUUCUCUCGGAAGACUCAUGAAACCAGACGACCAGGAUUACCCGGUUGAAUGAUAUUUUUAAAGCAAAUCUCAAGUUUUUUCCUCUAGAGCCUCUCUCGGUGCUUCUCAGGUGGCUUGUAAAGUAAUAAUAAAGCAAGUGUAUUCAGC